CCAGCAUGUAUUUAAUAAGUCUGUGCACCUAAUUAAAAAAUGGCUACACUUUUUGACAGUUAUGAACAACAAUAUGCUGUACUUACGGCUGAUAUUACUGCACAAAUUGGACGAUUCAAUAUCGCAACCACUGAUGAAAAACGGCAUUAUAUCAAUGACAUCGAAAAGCAUGUCGAUGAAGCAAAAGAACUUUUGGAGCAAAUGGAAUUGGAAGUACGAGAAGUAGACAGCACUCAAAGACAAAGAUAUCGAACACGAUUAGAUUGUUAUAGAUCAGAAUUAAAAAGAUUAUGUCAAGAAUUUGCAAACUCACGCAGUUCAACAUUUAAUACAGGCUAUGAUUCCUUAGAUGAAUAUGCGGAUGUUCGUUUAACCGAGGAUCAAAAACGUCGGUUGUUAGAUAAUUCAGAACGUAUUGAACGAACUGGAAAUAAUUUAAGCAAUAGUUAUCGAGUGUUGUUAGAAACAGAACAAGUUGGUUCACAAGUAUUACAAGAUUUAAGUAGCCAAAGAGAAACCAUACAAAGAUCCAGGCAAAGACUGAGAGAUACAGAUGAAGAGUUGGGAAGAUCAUCACGCGUUAUGAAUUCAAUGAUUAUAAGAUCAAUUCAACAGAGGUUUGUAGUAUAUGCCGUGGCUGUUGUUUUUGUUGGAGCAAUCACGUUAGGUCUAUAUUUAUCAUUUACUAGAAAAUAAUCUCUAGAUAGUUGAAUUUUUUGCACGAUUCACAAAAAAUAAGCAGUUAUUGUUAAAAAAAACCAAAAUUAUUUUAAAAUUUGUA